AUGUUCGAUCAAGACGGUCUGGUCGACCCUGUCGACCAAUGCCUCCCGAAAGGCUUCGGACUGCUUGAACUCGUCUUCAUAGCGAACGCGCAAGCGGUCGUACUUCGAUUGGACGAACUGAACGAAAGGGGACGCGGAGGUGCGGAGCGCCUGAAGGUCCCCACUCAGCUAGCGAUUCUGGAUCAUCUGCUGCUCCAAAGCAGCCUCCAUACUCUGGUACCGAUCUACGACAGUCUGUCGGAGGUUCAGGCGAAGGCAAAGCGAAUCAAUCGCUGCGUUUAA